AUGGGCUAUGAUUGGUCAGUAGAGCAAGAGUGGACAACAAGCAGAGCUCUCCAAGACACGGAGGCCGGACCAUGCCCGGCUGUCAAUGCCACCACAAAUGGGGACAGCCUGAGCUCAUGGGAAGAGCCAAAGGGGUUAUACCACCAGAACGCUUCUACCAAGAACUCGGGUGUGGUGCGGCGAGCCAGGAAGGUGGAGGGAGGCAUCUUCUUUCCUAAGCCAGAAAAUGCUGUUACCAUCGCUGUGUCAUCACGGGUGCUCUUCAGGACGGAGAAGGAGGACAUAGUGUUUCGGGAGAAAGGGGUGGAGGAGUACCUUAAUUAUCAGGUGGAGCACGAGAUGGAGCCCUUUGCACCUGGGCCUGCCUUCCCCUUCAUCAAGGCCCUGGAGGCGGUGAACACGCGGCUCAGAGAUCUCUACCCCGACAGCGAGGAGCUCUUCGACAUCGUCCUGGUGACCUAUAACCACGCCCACGUGGGGGUGAGGCUCAUCAACACCAUCAACUACCACAAUCUGUUCAUCGAGCGCUUCUGCAUGACCGGGGGCAGCAGUCCGAUCGGGUACCUGAAGGCUUUCCACACCAACCUCUACCUGUCUGCAGACUCGGAGAAGGUCCGAGAGGCACUGGCGGAAGGCAUCGCGGCGGCCACCAUGUUCACGCCGGACAAGCUGACGGAGGUGUCCGAGACCCAGCUGCGAGUCGCAUUCGAUGGCGACGCCGUUCUCUUUUCCGACGAGUCCGAGCGUAUCUACAAGGCGCACGGCCUCGACAAGUUCUUCGAGCACGAGAAGGAACACGAAAACAAGCUUCUCGAUCACGGGCCGCUGAAGGGCUUCCUGGAAGCCUUGGGCAAGCUCCAGAAAAAGUUCUACGCCAAGGGCCACCGGCUGGACUGUCCUAUUCGCACCUAUUUGGUGACGGCCCGCAGUGCCGCCAGCUCAGGAAUCCGCGCGCUCAAGACGCUGCGCGCCUGGGGACUGGAGACGGACGAGGCCCUCUUCCUGGCCGGGGCCCCCAAGGGGCCCAUGCUGGAGAAGAUUCGGCCCCACAUCUACUUCGACGAUCAGAUGUUCCACGUGAAAGGGGCUGCGGAGAUGGGCACCAUCGCUGCCCACGUACCCUAUGGCAUCGCCCAGAAGUACCCCCACAAGAAGGACAUGGGCAAGGCCAAAUAGGUGGGGGGGAGCCCAGGGAUUAUGUUCAGAAUCUCCAGUAUCUAGGCUACAGACUUUACGUUCUUUUUUAUCGUUACUAUAUUAUAUUUUUUAUAAACAGCACUUUUUCAAGGGCGGAAAACACAAACACAGCAUGGCAUAAGCUUUGUGGCAGCUUCCUGUAACCCCCACCCCCCCAACUUCCAUCGGAGGCCCACGGGGUCACAUGAUUGCUCUAGCGCCCGGAGACCGAGCUGCCACGUGCAAAGCUGUGUAGAUCCACCGGCACUGAACCUGGAGAUCACAGAGAAGGUCGACACACUGUGCACUACACUAGUGAAAAAGAAAACCUGAUUUUGCUAUAUGUAGCUAUUUUUUUUUUUUACUGUUACUGUUAAAAAAUAGAUUUCAACCAAAGGAGGAACUGCAAUCUAAUCCUAGUCAAUAAGAUCAGUCAUCCUUUUUGAAGACUCUAUGUCUAGUCUGCAGAUACAGUGGAUGUACCUUAAGGAGAUUUAUGCCAUAUCGUAUGCAGUCACAUAUUCUGCAAGUAUAACAUAUAUUGCAGUUUUUUAGAGGAUUAAGCUGAUACUGUUGAAAUAAACCUAACUGGUCUGUCUGGGGCAGGUGAGGCUCCUGCUGUGGGUACCAUGGCAACCUAUGGUCUGCAUAGCUGUGUUUGGAUGACGGACACGUCCUAACCUUGCCUCAGAAGGGGGAGGAACUUCUACUGAGCCAUUGGCUGGAGAUAAGGCUUCCAGCUACUUAUAGCCAUAUCGUUUUCAUAUAAAAACACUGAGAAUAUUUUGGAGACUAUAUAAGUAUUGGUAUUUCAUUUUAUUACUGUAAGUGCCUGAAAGGUGUUAUUUUAAAGUCCUGUCGAUAGUGCAAACGCUGUCUUUUUGGUAUUUUUGUUGGGGAGGAAACGCUGCUGUAUGUGUUACGCAGAUAUGACCCCUAGCCUUCCAGAAAUAGCAUCCCGAUAUUCAGGGCUGGCCGAAACCCUUUCUGACGCCCCAAGUAAAAUUCGAUGGGCCUAGUUGUCACUCGUCAUCUUCCUUCCCAUUCUGACGGGUUGGUUAGAUGGGGCGCCCCCUGGUGGUCGCUGGGUCUUUAGCAGCAGCUUAGUCCGCUUACGCCUUGGGCUGGUCCUGCCGAUGUCGAUCCUUUACCCUCCACCCUUCCACCCCGCUACUCUCCAUGUUUACAUAUUUACCAGUGGUAUAUAUUACUGUAGACGUUGCCCCACUGAAAAGAUUCACCUCUUUCAAUUUAAUCUUUUCUUAUUUACCAUUGUAUCCCCCCCCAGGGUUAAACUUUCUCUCCCAAGUGUUUAUUUCGAGUUAGUAUGUGAUAUCUUACUUUUCUUUUGAUUUGGUUUUUGAGAGUUUCAUGUAAACUGUUUCAUGGUGUUCAUGUGAUGAAAUGUGGAGAAGAAUCCCUUAUUUUUCAAGACCUAAACUGUACUCCGAAGUUGUGUAGUAUGCGGGACUAUUAAAUGCAACUAAAUGUGUAA